UAAAUUAACUCAAAGGGAAAAAAAAAAAGACAACGAAGAUUCUCUGUCUGAAAGCUCCCGUGGAAAUCCAGUUCUUCUUCCACUUUCAGUUCCAACACCUGAUCUCAGGUUUCUCUGUAAAGAUGCAUCAAAGAUUUGGAUGUGUUCUUGGUUAACUUCUGAUCGAAGAAUCCCAUGAAACUCGAAUCGAAAAGAAAAUGGAUUCGAGGGAAUGCUGUAGAUGGACGUUUUGUGGGGUUGUGAUUGCUUUCCUGGAACUGGCUCUUGCUUACUACCUUCUAUGUGGAUCGGCUUUCGUGUUCGUUGCAUCCAAGUUCUUGCUCGUGUUUGGUCUGGACAUGCCUUGUCCCUGUUCCGGGAUUCUCGGGUACAAGAACAAAGACUUAUGCCUGCACAAGCUUCUCUUCGGGUGGCCUCUAACGAAAAUACAUACUAUCCAGAAUCUCUCUGUGUAUAGGUUACCUUGUGAAAUCGGUUGGCAUCGAGAGAAAGAGGAGAUCCCGAGCUCCACGGUGGUUAUUUCCGAUGGAAAGGAAGAAAAUAACGUUCUCAAAACGGGAUUCCGAAAAGAGUCGAGCUCAGAUUCGGGUUUCAGAAUCAAUAAUUUGUGCGGUAGAGAAAGUGAUUCUGAUGUUAGGACAAGACAGGCUAUGAAUCAGAAGCAGAAGGCUUCUGGUAGGCGUCGUAGAGGAAAAUCAUCAUCGAUAUUCUCGAGAGGUAAUGCCCAUUUGUCUCUUGACGAUGCUUCGGGUUCUGCCGAUAAUUCUCAGGCGGAUGACCGAGACAAGGUUAUUACCCAAGACGAGUUCAAUCUCGAAGGUCCAAUUACAGAUGGAGAAACCGAUGAAACAAGGGAAGAAUCUUCAUCCGUCAAGGCUGUAACGAAUAACGAUAUGGACACCGCAAAAAAGCUGGAACGAGCUCUCCGCGAGGAAAGAACUGCUCGGGCAGCUCUGGUUGUGGAGCUGGAGGAAGAGAGGGCUGCCUCUGCAACAGCUGCAGAUGAAGCCAUGGCCAUGAUUUUGAGGCUCCAAGCCGACAAAGCCUAUCUCGAACUGGAGGCUAAACAAUACGAGAGAAUGAUGGAGGAGAAAUUCGCGUAUGACGAAGAAGAGAUGACCGUUCUGAAGGAAAUCCUCGUUAGAAGGGAGAAGGAGAAUCAUUAUCUCGAGAAGGAACUCGAGGGUUAUAAGCAUUCCGACGGAAGAUUACCCGAAGAACCGAACGUAUACGAUGUUCAUGUUGUUGAGGACAUAUAAACUUCUUGACCCUAUUGUCUUCGGGUACCCGAUCUAUAUAGCUUGCAUUAUGUAUUUUUUGUUAUAGAUGUUUUUUUUUUACAUAUCCAUAACUAAUCUAAAUGUCUAAAGGACUUGUGAGAUUUGAACUUGGAAACAAAGAAUCCCGUUUGC